AUGCACGCGCAGCUCGACGUCGAGCUGGCCGAGCUCAAGCGGGUUGAGACGGCCCACGGGACCCCAAUGGGACAGGCCGGGCUGCCGAGCCCAGGCCAGGCCGCAGCAGCCUCGGCACUGUCGUUCGCCGCCAGGGCGGCUGUGCCGCUGCUCGCGGCGUGGUUCGUCACCAGCUACAAGGUGUGGGUGGCAGUGGUUGUGGCGACGGCGACCGGCACGCUGGCGGUGUUCGGGCCGUGGUGGAUGGCCAUGGGGAUCACAUAUGGGCUCAGGAAGGUGUUCAGGACCCAUGGAGUUUGA